AACAACAACAACAACAACAACAACAACAACAACAACAACAACAACAACAACAACAACAACAACAACAACAACAACAACAACAACAACAACAACAACAACAACAACAACAACAACAACAACAACAACAACAACAACAACAACAACAACAACAACAACAACAACAACAACAACAACAACAACAACAACAACAACAACAACAACAACAACAACAACAACAACAACAACAACAACAACAACAACAACAACAACAACAACAACAACAACAACAACAACAACAACAACAACAACAACAACAACAACAACAACAACAACAACAACAACAACAACAACAACAACAACAACAACAACAACAACAACAACAACAACAACAACAACAACAACAACAACAACAACAACAACAACAACAACAACAACAACAACAACAACAACAACAACAACAACAACAACAACAACAACAACAACAACAACAACAACAACAACAACAACAACAACAACAACAACAACAACAACAACAACAACAACAACAACAACAACAACAACAACAACAAUACAAAUAAAUAA